AGCAGCCUGUUAGCCGUUAGCCUCUGUUAGCCGCUAGCUUUGGUUGUGCAACACAAGGACAGAGGAACGUGGUCACCUGCGAACAACUGAGUUUAUAUUGAACAUUUCUUUUACUUUUAUUUGAAGAGUCUUCCAGCGGUUUAAUCUACCUCGAAUCUGAAGAUGUCUCACAAACCUCUGGAGCCUCUGGCCAAGAAACUCAUGAAGGGGGUGAUCGUUCUGGAGCUGCUGGGCGUGUUCGGGGCCUUUGGCCUUUUUCACACGAUGGACAACAGCCAAGAUUUCAGGAACACCAUGAAGAGGAGGUUUCCAUCGAUCCUGGAGGUUUACUACAAGUCCAACGAGUGGGGGGGGGUCUACGGCAUCCGAGAGCGAGACCAGGAAGCCUGGUCGGCCAAGCGGGACUGAAGCUGUCCGUCAGAGAAAAGUCCACGUUAAUUUAAAAAACAAAAGAACGGCUACUUCCUCUUCUUCUUGUUCCCGAACGUCCUGCCUCCCGUCCUGCCUCGGCCGAACAUCGCCGUCUUCUUGUUGAACGCCGCCUUCUUCCUGCGCAGCGUCGUGGCGUCGCGGCCGUGGAUCCAGUCGUCUCGCUGAGCCUCCCACUUCAGCUGCUUCAGACCUGCAGGGAUCAGAGGAGACGUCACCGCCUGAGUCUGGGUUUAUGAAUCAGACUGAUCCAAAGGACGAGGGACAAAAUCCACGAUCCUCAUACGUCACAGCCACACAAGAACAACUUCAAACACUGAAGUCCUGAUGUUUGAUUCCCAGCUCCACUCGCUCUUAGUUUCCAUUAACGUACAAAAUGAGUUGUUUCAGUUUUACACACCUGCUCUGAUGUAUAACAGAGGGCAGGUCAUUAAACUGAACACUGGUUUGGUUCAAUCAUUUCUGCGGUUUUUCAGACAUUUGCCAUUUACCAGAAAAUAUUAAUAUUCUGAUGUUAACUUCAGCCACGUUAUUUAAUUUUAAUUUAUUUCUAUACUGAAUCAGAGUGAUCUGAUCUCUGUGGAGAAGUGAUUAAACUCAGCUGGUAUCCAGCAAACUGAAGGAAA